AUGUCGAGCACACCGCUCCCGUCAUCUUUCGAUGGCAAUUCGGACUUCUAUGAGGAGAAUCGAUGGCAGAAAUUCUCGAGGAGAUUGAAAGAAGAGCCCUUAAUCCCACUGGGAUGCGCCCUCACCUGCUGGGCCCUCUACAACGCCUCACGCUCCAUCCGCGCCGGCGACUCCAACCGCACAAACCGCAUGUUCCGCGCGCGUAUCUACGCACAAGGCUUCACGCUCCUCGCCAUGAUAGGCGGAAGCAUGUACUGGCAAACGGACCGGCAGAAGCGCAAGGAGUACGACGUUGUGAUCGCGGAGAAGAAAGCUAAGGAGAAGAAUGAGGCGUGGAUCAGGGAGUUGGAGGCGAGAGAUGAGGAGGAGAAGGAGUUGAGGGCUGAGAGGCAGAGGAGGAGGGAGCGUAUGGAGAAGAGGCAGGCUGGGCUCGGGGAUGGAAAGGACAAGGCUCUUGCGGAGGCGGGGGAGAAGAAGGGUGUUUUGGAGAAGGUUAUGGAGGACGGGAAGGGUGCUAGUUCUGUGGUUGAGGAAGGGGAGAAGAAGACGAGUAUAUUGGAGUCGGUGUCUACUUUGGUCUGGGGGAAGAAAUAG